AUGGGCCGUACACUGCCCUCUCCUGUGCCGUGUAGAGUUUGUGGAGACAGAUCUUUCGGAAAGCAUUACGGAGUCUAUUGUUGCGAUGGAUGUUCAUGUUUCUUUAAAAGGAGUAUAAGAAAGAAUGUUUCCUAUACUUGCAUAGCAGGAAACAGGCAAUGUAUUAUAGAUAAAACUAGGCGCAAUUGGUGUCCCUAUUGUAGGCUUCAACGUUGUUUGGCAGUACACAUGAAUAUUUCAGCCGUACAGGAAGAGCGAGGACCAAGGAAGCCUAAACGUAAUAACAUUGUUUUUAAACGCAAAUUUGAAAAUGUCGAUAACGGACCUAAAAACGAACAACUAAACCUGGUUAAAGAAAUACCUAAUAUAGUACAAAACACUUUAAUUCAUGAAAUAGCAGCCAACAUAUUCCUUACAGCGAUAAAGCAGGCGAGGCGUAAUUAUGGAUUUAAACUGUUAUCAACAAAAUCGCAAAAUAUCAUACUAGGUUAUCUUUGGGGGCCGUUAUUUAUUCUGAAGGCCUCAUAUUGGUCCGUCAAUAUAGAAGGAAUAUUCUCCUUUCUUCACGAAACUUGCAGCUAUAUGAAGUCACUUAAUUUAAACUCAUCAACUCUUGAACUUUUUGAAACAUUACUUCUGUGUCGACUCGAUUUAUUAGAGGAUACCCAGGAAAUAAUAGAAAUAGAUAAUGUAGUUCAAAAAGCAAUAACUUGUCUUAAACAACAGGAAAAUAUGGAUAGCAGACGUUUCAUUGACAUUUUGUUGGCUACUACGAGACUACAUAUCCCCAGCGCUUCUUUCCUACGUUUUGUACUAUUUGAACCCAUUAUUGGAUUAGUUCCAAUUGAAACUGUUAUAGCAACUAUUUCCUAAAUAUAUGUAGGAUUGUAAAUAGUUUACCUUAUAUUUUAAAUUCCCCUGUAUAUCAUUUUUCUUAAUUAUUAGUACGAGAACGUGAUAAGAGUCUCACACAUAUGGACCUACGUUGGCACAGAUGGGUGGAACUAAUUGGGGAUUACGACGGUAGCGGACUACUUUUAACUUUAUAAGUAAGAAUAACAUUCGCCACUGUGAACCAAAUUUUAUUACUAAUAGGGAUCGAAAUUUAUUGCCGUAGAAUUUUAGUAGUUUCGGAUUUUAAGCAUAAAGAGGGGAAGACAGGAGGCUGUUUUGGUUGUAUAGCCAGUCGAUAUAACAUCACAGCGACGACCAGACGCGUUCUUAGGGCUAAUACUUAGAAAAGACGAAUUAAGACGGGUAUUAUAUUGAUUAGACGCAAAUUAUCUAUAAAUACAUUUCGUUUUUGUAAGAAUAAGAACACGUAAGAUUUUG